AUGUUCACCUUUGCUCUCAUGCUGCAGGCCAUAGCACGAGAAAAAGCCGAGAAGUUCAGAAAACUGCAAGAUGCCAGCAGAUCAGCUCAGGCCCUGGUGGAACAGAUGGCGAAUGAGGGUGUUAAUGCUGAAAGUAUCAGACAAGCCUCAGAACAACUGAACAGCCGGUGGACAGAAUUCUGCCAAUUGCUGAGUGAGAGAGUUAACUGGCUGGAGUAUCAAAACAACAUCAUUACUUUUUAUAAUCAGCUACAGCAAUUGGAGCAGAUGACAACUACUGCUGAAAACUUGUUGAAAACCCCCACUACCCUGUCAGAGCCAACAGCAUUAAAAAAGCCAGUUAAAAUUUGUAAGGAUGAAGUCAACAGGCUGUCAGCUCUUCAGCCUCAAAUUGAGCGAUUAAAAAUUCAGAGCCUAACGCUGAAAGAAAAGGGACAGGGGCCAAUGUUUCUGGAUGCAGACUUUGUGGCCUUUACUAAUCAUUUUAACUACGUCUUUGAUGGUGUGCGGGCCAGAGAGAAAGAGCUACAGACAAUUUUUGACACUUUACCACCAAUGCGCUAUCAGGAGACAAUGAGUAGCAUCCGUACGUGGAUCCAGCAAUCAGAAAACAAACUCUCUAUACCUCAUCUUAGUGUUACUGAAUAUGAAAUAAUGGAGGAGAGACUCGGGAAAUUACAGGCUCUGCAAAGCUCUUUGAAAGAGCAACAAAAUGGCUUCAACUAUCUGAAUGCCACUGUGGAAGAGAUAGCCAAGAAAGCACCUUCAGAAAUAAGCCAAAAAUAUCAGUCAGAAUUUGAAGAGAUUGAGGGGCGCUGGAAGAAGCUCUCGACCCAGUUGGUGGAACAUUGCCAAAAGCUAGAAGAACAUAUGAAUAAACUUCGAAAAUUUCAGAAUCACAAAAAAACCUUGCAGAAAUGGAUGGCUGAAGUUGAUGUUUUCCUGAAAGAGGAAUGGCCUGCCCUGGGGGAUGCUGAAAUUCUGAAAAAACAGCUCAAACAGUGCAGACUUUUAGUUGGCGAUAUUCAAACAAUCCAGCCCAGUUUAAACAGUGUUAAUGAAGGUGGGCAGAAGAUAAAGAGUGAAGCUGAAUUUGAGUUUGCAUCCAGACUGGAGAAGGAACUCAAAGAACUUAACACUCAGUGGGAUCACAUAUGCCGCCAGGUCUACACCAGAAAGGAAGCCCUGAAGGCUGGUUUGGAUAAAACUGUAAGCCUCCAAAAAGAUCUAUCAGAGAUGCAUGAGUGGAUGACCCAAGCUGAAGAGGAAUAUUUAGAGAGAGAUUUUGAAUAUAAAACUCCAGAUGAAUUACAGACUGCUGUUGAAGAAAUGAAGAGAGCUAAAGAAGAGGCCCUGCAAAAAGAAGCUAAAGUGAAACUCCUUACUGAGACUGUAAAUAGUGUAAUUUCUCAAGCUCCACCUGCAGCACAAGAGGCCUUAAAAAAGGAACUUGAAACUUUGACCACGAACUACCAAUGGCUGUGCACCAGGCUGAAUGGAAAAUGCAAAACUUUGGAAGAAAGAGCAGGCAUCUCUGUGAUAUCAACCAAAUAUGGCAUAGCAAGUGCAGUAAGACUCGGUACAAAGAAUCAUAUCAAGGUUGGACAGGACUACCUAGUAGGAGGAAAAGGGUCCCAAGAGGAGGCAAAAGGGUUGAAAAGCAGACCUUCGGAACUUAUUCAUCUUUUUGAAACAUUCUACCACCAAUUAGCAACUCCCCAUUUGUCCCUCCUCCAGCCCCUGGCAACCACCAUCAAUCUCUGCUUCUAUGAACGUGGUAACUCCAUAUACCUGUCAUAA